AUGUGUGAGGCAUGCAUCUGUCUAACUCUGUUCCAUUCAUGUCUCUCUCAUUAUCUUUCUCUCUCUCUCUCUCUCUCUCUCUGCACCCCUUCCUCACCCUCAUCCAAUGUCAUCUCACUUUGUCUUCUGUUUCUGUCUUGCUCCUUCUCUUUGACGCCUAAAAUCAUCUCUCUCUGUGUCUCUUUCUCUUUCUUUCUUCCUCUCUCUCUCUCAUUCUCACUAAGGCUCUUUCUCUUUAUUUUUUGUUUAAGUCAUCUCUUUCUAUUGAAACAUCUCUCCAUUUCUUUUACUCUCUCUCUCCUCCUUCUUCCCUCUUAUCUUUCUCCAUGUCUGUCCACAAUUCUAGCCUCCCUUCUCUCUGUCUCAUCAAAAGUCAUCACACUGUCUCUAAAAACCUCUCCCUAUAUUUCAGUCUCUCUCUCUCUCUCUGUGAGCUAUGAAAGCUCACUUCCCUCUCUGAUCAUCUGCCACCCCUUUCCGUUUUUCCCCUCUCCCUCCUUCUGUCUUAUGAAUCAUCUACCUAUCCAUCUCUUUAUAUCGUUUUUUCUUCCUUUUUUCUUCUUCUUUUCCAGAGAUCUUCAUAUUUUUCCUUUUUUUACUUCUUUUCUUAUCCCUUUUUCUGAUUUUCUUCAAUCUAACAGUUCUUUAUUUUCCCCCUCCCUCUCGUUUUCUUUCUCAAUUUAUCUAUCUAGCUAG